CUUUUCUAGUGAUGACGUUAUGCGACGUCUCAUCCUAUCAGAAACUAGGAGCUCUUGAUCCUUUAUUUGAAUACAGUACGUAUAAGUUGAGUCGCUGGGAAGACAGGAUAUUUCGGUUUGGAGAGAUCCGCCAUCAUGCCAGAUCCGUCCAAAUCGGCUCCUGCACCCAAGAAGGGUUCUAAGAAGGCUGUCACCAAGGCGCAGAAGAAGGACGGCAAGAAGCGUAAGCGUAGCCGUAAGGAGAGCUAUUCCAUCUACGUGUAUAAGGUGCUGAAGCAGGUGCAUCCCGACACCGGCAUCUCUUCCAAGGCCAUGGGUAUCAUGAACUCCUUCGUCAACGACAUCUUCGAGCGCAUCGCCAGCGAGGCUUCCCGCUUGGCGCACUAUAACAAGCGCUCUACCAUCACGUCCCGGGAGGUGCAGACAGCCGUGCGCCUGCUGUUGCCUGGCGAGCUAGCCAAACACGCCGUGUCCGAAGGUACCAAGGCCGUCACCAAAUACACCAGCUCCAAGUGAGGCACGCCGCAGCGCCCGGGAACCCAAAGGCUCUUUUCAGAGCCACCCACAAGAUCGAGAAAGGGUUUCGAACACGUGAACGAUUGUUAACUGCAAACGUAUCGCAUCUCUGUUCUUGGUUCCUCGGUUACUGGGAAGCCGCCCACAUUUCCCCUUCCCCCUAGACGUGUGCGCGCAUGUGUAUGUGAAAAGAAUGCGAGAAUGUGCACCUGCUUGUUAGACCAGGUAUGGGGACGCGGAGACCUGAAUAAUGAGGAUAGCUGAAUAAUGUGGGAGGUGAUCAACGGACCAGUAUCCACCCUCCCCUCCGCCCAUGGCUAUUAACGCUUCGCUAAGUAGAGUGGGAACCUUGAGCUCAAAUGCCCUUUGAUGUCCGGGCAGCGCCAUUUCCGAGACUUGGGUGCACGGUCUCCAGGUCCGUUCCUGUGUGCGAGUGGCGUUUGCCUGUCGGGGAAUGAGGAGGGGAAUGAGGAGGGGAGGGAGGUGGGGGUGGUCAUCUACCCGGAGGGACCUCGUGCCGGUCCCACACCCCCGUGUUUCUGAUGGGUGAGCCCGAAGGUGUACGAAAGGGCGCGGCUUGGUGAGGCCCGGAGUGUUGUCGCGCAGCUCUGGCGGUGGUUUCCUGGCGUUGCAUCCCUGCCUAGACCAGCCAUCUUUAUCCCAAAGCAAUGAACAUUUACAGGAAGAUGUUUGUGUGGCUGGAUCCUGCAAUAGCAGGAUGUUUUAUCCCGAAAGGGAAGUAGAAGCGUGGUGGAACUCAGCCCUCCGUGCGUAGGAGCCGAAUGUAAUAAGCCGACCCCCGCUGCAGGUAGUUAACCCUUGCGGGGGAGGGGGAGCAAUUUAAGAGGAAAAUAACCCUUUUCUCAAUAAAUGUGGCUUACUCCUACUUCA